AGCAACAAUCUAAAUAGAGCUAGAGCUAGAUAGAGCGCGCGAGAUCGAGAUUGAGAGCGCUAUAGCUAGCGAGGAAUUCGAGAACGCCGCAUUCAUUUUGUUACAAAAAAAACUAAUAAAAAAACACGAAAUGGGAAUUGAUUACUAUGGAAUGCUUGCCUUGACACGUUCGGCAAUAGAUGCAGACAUUAAAAAAGCAUACCGCAAGCUUGCUUUAAAAUAUCACCCAGACAGGAACCAAGAGAUUAGUGCACCAGAGAAAUUCAGACAGGUCUCAGAAGCGUAUGACAUUCUCAGUGAUCCCAAGAAGAAAGCAGUCUAUGACCAAUUUGGUGAAGAAGGUUUGAAAAAUGGCGUUCCUGCUGGUUCUAAUGAAGAUAGUGGGGCCUGGACGCAAGGCUACACAUUUCAUGGCGAUGCUAACAAAGUCUUCAUGGAUUUCUUUGGUGGAAACAACCCAUUUAGUGAAUUUCAUGAGGGUAUCGAUGGAGACUUGAGCAUGGGUUUUGGAGGUUUGUUAGGACGUGGUAGAAAGAAGCAGGAUCCUCCCAUUGAAAGAGACUUGGUUCUUUCUCUUGAAGAAAUAUUCCAUGGUUGUACUAAGAAAAUGAAGAUCUCAAGGAGGGUAAUGAAUGAGGAUGGUCACACAUCAAGUACAAGGGAUAAGAUUCUUACUAUUACUGUUCAUAAAGGCUGGAGAGAGGGAACACGUAUCACCUUUCCUAAGGAAGCUGAUCAGGGACCCAAUAUUGUACCUGCGGAUAUCAUCUUUAUUGUCAGAGAUAAACCUCAUCCUCGAUUCAAGCGUGAAGGUGAUGAUCUAGUCUAUGUGUCCAGGGUUCUUCUUGGAAAAGCUCUGACUGGUUGCAGUGUAGAAGUACCAACCCUGGACGGGAGGUUGCUGAAUGUUCCCAUCAAUGACAUUAUUAGCCCUGGUUACAGGAAGGUUGUUCCAGGAGAAGGGAUGCCAAUCUCAAAGAACCCAGAACUGAAAGGCAAUCUCAUCAUCACUUUUGAUAUUGAAUUUCCACGGCAACUGACUCCUGGCAAGAAACAGCUCAUCAAAGAUGCUCUCUUAUAAUUGGACCUAUACACAAGAUUCUGACAAUCCAAGAAAUUCUGGAAGAUGAAACGACUCUAAGUAAAACCCAGCUUUGCAUCAAAGAAAAGUGUCAUAUUACUUUAAUUUAGAGUCAGGAGGUCUUUAACUUUGUAUAAAAAAAAAGAGAAAUGAAAAGUCAUCUUCUGGCUUACAUUACAAUUGUAUUUACACAUUACAAUAGUUAGAUAUCAGAUCAGAUUGUAUGAUGACAUUAUGUACUGAUCCUAUGGGAAAUUGGAAUAUCAGUAGUUAAAAUGUUUAAUCAUGAUCACUCUUACUGAUAAAUUAUACAGCUAACAAUAUUACUUUCACUCAUACCAAUCUGCUCUUCUGUAUUUUUAAGCAAUUUGGUAAGCAAACUUUUUAAGUGUGAAAACCAGCCUAGGUUGAUGAAUUUUUUACAACUCCUGGUUUUAAAGAGAAUCACAAUGGCACAUCCCACCCCCCCCCCCCCCUGAAUGUUUGUCAACUUUCAAUAUUUGAAAGGGAAAAAAAGGUAGUCUCCCCAUUUAUUGAUUGUUUUUAAAGCUUUCAUUUUUAUCUUAGGAAAUUAUUGUGACUGACUAUGCUAGUGUCUCAUGGUCGUCUGACUUGUAUUUGAAUUCUAAGAAAAAUAAUUUCUGCUUUGUUUUGUUUUUUAUGGAUAUGGAUUUCUUGAUAAUGGGGUGAAUAAUGAAAUGAUUUGAUUUUGUCUCAAAUAACUGGCAAAGAAUGAGAAAAUAAUAAUAUAAAAUAAUCAAACAGAUCAGUUAUCAAACAUUGUUUCCCAUAUGACCAGUUUGCUGGUGCAGCAUAAGCAUCCAAUAUUUAUUUAUAUUCUGUUGACUUUUAGAAGAGAACACUUACUUUAUUCACCAACAAGAUGGAACAUUUCCUGGUAAUCUUAAAGUAACUUUGUAUAUUUUGUAAAUACAAAUACAUAUGUAAAUUCUUGUAAAUAAAAUGUUGAAAUAAUUAUUCAGUUACCUUACAUUCUUAUAUACUGUUUUCGUAUAUGUUACUUCUUGAGCCUAGUCUAACCCUGAAGUGGAAUGGGGGGAGGGGGGUGGUAUCUUAUUUUUUUUCCAUAUAAAAACAAAAGGUGCAUAUUCAAAGUAAGCAUUCAAAGUUGUCAAGGAUUACAGAUUUUCCAGAAAAUGAGAAUACUGAUGGUUUCAUGCAAAGUACUGAUUUUUUUUAAGUUCCAGUUUUAUAUCUCGACCUGUGGUCUAACCCAUAAAUCAAUUCAAAUGAUUGCAGUACUUUUAAGGACGUUCCACAGUUGAAAUGAAAUCCAUUUCAUUUUCACCAAAUUUUGCAUAGAGUCACUUUAGCACCCAAUUAUUCCAAAUAUGCAAAAAUUAAUAUGGGUUCAUGUGCUUGAUUUUUUGGUAUCGAGAUUUGAAGUUCACUCAUUUCCAGGGUCUCGAAAUACGCAAUAAAGAUAACUUUGCAUCUUUAAACCCCACAAGAAUACAAAAUUUAGUGUAAACCUCUAUUACUCAGUCAAAGUCUAUCUAAAUUGCACAAAAUUUUACAUAAUAGUUCAGAAUUAUAUACUUAAGAUGAAGAAUCCACUCAUAUUGCGAUUCGUUUGCUCUUAAAAGAGUAGUAGCACCGUCCAUUCUAAAAAUAAGAUGUGAAGGGUGACAAAAACAUCUACAAUAAUUGAUAUUUACAUAACAAAUUUAAGAAGAAUAAUAAAUGCUGAACUUUAUUUAAAACCCA